UGUGAACAGGAAAAAAUUUAAAAAUUGUUUGAAUCGAAAGUACACAAAAACAAAUCUUCAAUAUGAUGAUGAUGAUGUACCCGUAUUAUAACCGAACAUGAUAAUUUUGCUAAUAACAGACGAUAGAGGGCAAAACUGUGUUUACCAUGAGCGCAGUGAUAUACAUGAAUGAUGCGAAUAAGAGAAAAAGAUGUUGAGAAAAAGAUCAUGGGUAAAUCACACAGAAUAGAAUAUGCUUUCAGCAUUAAAUCAAAAUAAUAUAUCCAUUUUUAAAAAAUGAAUAAAACCAGAGAAUUCGAUUUCAUCCAAACCAAUAAAAUGUAAUAUAAUCUCUAUAUGUUUGUUUUAACAUCUGGAUAACAUAUGAUGACCAGAUUUUUUUUUUAAAUGUUUAAAAUUAUAGGCCAAGAUCAUUAAUGGGUAAAAUAAUACCCCCACCAUCCCUCUUAUUUGUGAAACCAUUUCAAUCGAUACAAUGAAGUAGUAGCAAACAUUGAAAGUGUUGUUGGUGUGGACCAUUGAAAGUUACAAUAGAAUUGAAUACAGCGAGCAUUCUCAAUCACUUGUUGUUAUUGCAAUAUGUGUGUGUGUGUGUCUGUGUGGGUUCAUUUAUAAAUGAGCGCGUAAAAAAAAACGAACCUUGUGCUAUUUCAUUGUCACUGUUUAUUGUUUUUCACCAUGGCCACCAUUAAAAAAUUGUAGCGGCAGUGUGUGGUUCUCAUUUUUUUUUUCAAUGUAAUGUAAUUCAUAAUAAAUAACAAAAUAACAAAUGUCAAAAUCAAAAUUUUCAACAUUAUGGACCAAUAUCUUCAUGAAAGACUACCAUCAUCAUCAUCAUCAUUUAAUAUCGAUGCCAUCCUUGAUAAUCUUGUGACAAAAAAUGAUAAUGUUGACCAUUUGGAUCCGGAUGAAUUUUUCAACCAACAAAAAGAGAUUGAAGGUAUAUUAUCCACUGCUUUCGAUGAUAUAACCGAUAUACGACAAACGAGCGAUUAUGAUGAUAAUAAUACAUUUUUCAUUAGUAAACUAAAUUACAAACAAAAUAGUUUUGAUAAAAAACCAUCAUCAUCAAUACUCAAUAAUGAAUCGAAUGUUCAUGUAAAUACAUCGACACCACUGAUUAACCGAAAUCAACAAACAAUGGUUAAUGGUCUAUUAAAUAGAUACAAUUAUAGAAAUAAUUUCAAAGAUAUUGUCGAAGAAGAAGAAUGUACAAUUCAAGAUGUUGAAAGUCUUGAUAACGAUGAUGGCGGUAGCCACAGUGAUAAUUUAUCCCUUUCGACUGAUCAUAAUUUCAACAAUAAUCAUGAUGAUGAUGAAGAAAAUAUUUUACAACAAUCACCCAAAUUUUUACUUCACAAUAAUCAGGAUCUUUCACUAAAUGAUGUACAUAUUAAAGAUCUUUGCAUGUUAAAACAAGAAUUUGCACAGAUAAAUACAAAUUAUCGAUUAUUACAGGCUAAAUAUCAUAAACUUUAUCAACUAAAUGAAGAAAAUGCUGGCUUAAUCAAUUCACAAUGUGUAAAAAUUCAAAAACUUGAAAAACAAUUAAAAGAAGAACGUGAUGGACGUGAAAGUGAACGACGGCUAGCGUCAAUGUUUGAAUCAAAAGUUAGUUCACUUGAAUAUCAACUGAAUGAAUUACAAAAAGGCGACAAUCGAAAUCUUAAUAGUGAUGAACAGAUGAAAUGGUUUGAGACGCUUAAAAUCAGACAUCAUAAAGAAAUGAAUAAUAUUCGUACUGAUUAUGAAACUAGAAUUGAAAAAUUAACCAAAACAAUACAAGCAAAAGAUGAUGAACUGAUUGAAAAUUGUAAUAUUCUACUUAAAUAUAAACAAGAAGCUAAUUAUUUUCAGGAAAAACUAAAAAAAUUAGAAACCGAUUUCAAAUCAAAGUUACAACAAGAAAUUCAAAGUGCCAAAGAACGUACCGAAUCGAAUAUGUUGAAAGAAUUCGAUGAUUCUAUGCGAAAACUAAAAAGUGAAUGGGAACAUAAACUACAAGAAGAUAUUGAUAAAAUUGUCAAUUUUUUUGAAAACAAUGACGACGAAGAAAAUAAUCUGAUCGAAUCUUCAUCACCGAAAUUUGAUGUUCGAUUUGAGAAAUUGAUUGAUUUAUAUCGUUCACUGAAAUCGUUCUCAAUUAAUCGUGAACAACAUAUACAAACACAGAUUGAUCGUAUGGAUGAUGCUAAACGACAAUUGGAGAAGGCCAUCAUUGAAUCUCGAAUGCGUAAUUCAAGUAUUUCAAGUACAUCAAGCCGAAGUGAUCUAAUCGAAAUGGACAACAACAAUGGACAUAUGAUGGACAUCCCGGUACAUUCAAAAUCAUCCCCGUCUUUGGUUACAAAUAACAAAAAGAAACCAUUACCGGCGUUACUAGAUCUGAAAGAAUUCAAUGAAAACAACGUAAUGCUGCCCGAAGAAAAAGCCAAAAUAAUGACCAAUUUACGAUUAAAAUAUGAAAAAGAAAUGAAAGAUAUUCGUGAUCAAUUUGAAUCCGAACUUGAUUUACUUCGAAUUCAAUUACUUAAUAAAGAAGAGGAAACGGUUCAGUAUAGGGUGAAAACAAACAAAUAUCGACAACAUAUUCAUUCAUUGAAAGAUCGUCAUGAUCAAGAUUUAAAUUUACUAAAAAAUAAAUUUGCCAAAAUUAUCCAGGAAUUAAUGGAUGAUAAAAAACAACAUCAAAAUCAUCAUCAUCAUCAUCAUCGUCAUCAUACACAUUUUGAGGAUCUACCCGAAAAACCAAUUAGAAAAUCAAAUUCUAAUGGACAUGGGCCCUUUAAUUUUGAUCUAAUAUGAUUACUUUAUUGAUAAAAUGUAAUUGAACAUUUUAUUCAUGUAUAAAAUGAUUUGUAUUCGUUAAAUUUGUUAUAGCUCAUUUGAUAAUAAUUCAUAAAUCAUAAACUAAUUUAUUAUA